GUCAAACGCGUUACUUUCGCAAAGCACUUUGCUGUGAUUCACGUUAAAACCCAGUCAAACGUUAUUAAAUAUUGUCUGGUUGAACAAGUGAAAUAUUAAUUAACGAAUUAAUUGUGAAUUAAAAUCAUCGAAUAAUUUUUGCCCGUUUUAUGAAUUAAAUGAGAAGAAAAUAAAAAUUGGAAAUUAGCAAUUUUUCGUGAUGCCAAAUAAUAAUUAAUGGACAUAGAAGGGAACAAAUUGUCGAUGAAAUUUUCUACUUGCUACGGCAACACGAGUGACAAAUUGUCGUGGAAUUUAGUGAACAUAAUAAUUAUUUAUUAAAAAUUAAAAGAUUCAACGAGCACCGUACAGACGUCGGAAAGUUGGAAAUUGCCGAGAUCGAAAUCUUUUUAUUUCUUUUCAAUAGUAAUAAAUUGUUGAGGUUUAUCGAGCACAACUUGACUCGUCGGCAGAAACUUUUCAAAUUUUUUAUUGAGAAAGAAGUUCAUUUAAAGAAGAAAAUAAUUUCUCACGCAAAAAAAAAGAAAAUUAUUGAAAGAAAUUGACGAGUUUAAUUCAAUAAUAAAUAAUUGUGAAUGAAGUGAAAAGAAAAAUUCCAAAGGUGCUCUUAAUAAUUUUUCCAUUCGAGUAAACGGCAUUGCAACGCUGCGAGGCGACAGAAAAUAAGCAAAUAAAGCGAGGAAAAAAAGUUAUUAAAAAACCAUCCGACAGUGAAAAUUGCUCAUAUUUAAGUGUUAUAGUGCUUUAAACGACAUUUUCAUAAGACAAGUUAAGACAGAUAAUAGUAAAUUUACCGCAUACCGAACUUUUCCAAUCUAAAUCAACUUUGUUAUUAAAGUUUGCCGUGCGUCGUGUCCAAGUGUACUGUGAAAAACGACUUCGACAAAAACAAAAAAAAAAGUAAUAAAAAAAGGUGAAAAGUGAGCUGUCGAAACAAGAACCACUUCGAGUGCGAGAGAAAUUUUUCACGUAAAACAACAAAGUAAUAACGUCGAAUAACCUUGACGAGAGAUCACAAGUGUUUACAAGUUACACGAAACAACAACAAGCACGUCAUACCCGAGCGAAUUUUUCAAAGAUGAUUCACAUCGAUGAAACAGAUCCAGUUGGAGAUGUCGAUCCGGCAUUUCCGUAUCGAGAUGUCAGUUUAAAACGCGGCAUCGAUCCAAAGGAGAAUUAUGAAGUGAUAGAAGAAAUUGGACGAGGAAAAUUUGGCACAGUAUUCAAAGUUCGCGAAAAGGCCACAGGAUUUAAUUUAGCAGCAAAAUUCGUACCAAUUUUGAAGCGUGGUGAUCGGGGAGCUGUCUCUCUGGAGAUUGAAAUGAUGAAUCGAUUGCAACAUCCAAAAAUCAUCCAGCUCUAUGAUGCGUACGAAUACAACAAGAUGAUGUGUGUCGUGUUAGAAUUAGUUGAAGGCGGUGAAUUGUUUGAUCGAGUGCUCGACGAAAACUUUAUCAUGACAGAUAAGGUGUGUGCGAUUUUUGUGCGGCAAAUUUGCGAGGCUAUGAGUUAUAUUCAUUCCAAGAAUAUCAUUCAUUUGGAUCUGAAGCCCGAGAAUAUUUUGUGCACGACGCGCGAGGGCAACCGCAUCAAAAUUAUCGACUUUGGACUGGCACGAGAAUACGAUCCAGAGAAGAAGUUGCAAGUGCUGUUCGGAACACCGGAGUUUGUGGCACCAGAAGUGGUGAAUUUCGAGAGUAUUAGUUUUGCCACGGAUAUGUGGAGUGUGGGUGUGAUUGCUUAUGUGCUUGUCUCAGGCUUGUCACCAUUUGCUGGCGAAACAGAUGUCGAAACAAUGGCAAAUGUAACCAUCGGCAAAUAUGAUUUCCUCGACGAAGCUUUUGACACAGUCUCACCCGAUGCGAUAGAUUUCAUCACAAAACUCCUGACGAAGGACAAAAAAGUGCGGAUGACGGCAGAGGACGCACUCAAACAUAAAUGGGUGAAGAAAAAGCCACAAUAUUAUCCCACAAAGGCCAAAGUCGAUAGUCAACAAUUCCAAUUCAAACCCGUGAGAAUCGAUAUGACCCCAUCACCGGAUCCACAGAAGGAAAAUCUCAAAAACAGCCGUGACCGAUGGAACGAAUGUACGAGUCCGUACAUGUUCAAUUCCGCAAAUCGUGCCAUUACGCCGGUCAACGAGAAAACUGCCCUUCUCUCGUCCAGCAAAGGUAACAUCUUACUGUCUUCAAAGUAUAAAUAAGUGGCUUGUAACGAAAAUUUCUCUUAAAAAUCACUAAUUGGCUUAGACAGAAUUACUUAAUCUUAAAAUUUAUUAUUUGUUUUUUUUUUUUUAUUUAUAUAUUUAUUUAUUUUAAAAAUUAACCGAUAAUGAGUUUGAUAAAUGUUGAGAUAGAAUGUGAAAGAAAAAGCCAUUAAUGUCAAUGGUUUUCAAAGCACGUAA